CAGGCAGCAUGGUUCACUCCAGCAUGGGGGCUCCAGAAAUAAGAAUGUCUAAGCCCCUGGAGGCCGAGAAGCAAGGUCUGGACUCCCCGUCAGAGCACACAGACACGGAAAGAAAUGGACCAGACACUAACCAUCAGAACCCCCAGAAUAAGACCUCCCCGUUCUCUGUGUCCCCGACUGGCCCCAGCACCAAGAUCAAGGCUGAAGACUCCAGCAGUGACUCAGCCCCAGCGGCACCCCUGCCCCCCCAGCCGGUUCAGCCGCAUCUGCCCCAGGCCCAACUCAUGUUGACGGGCAGCCAGCUAGCCGGGGACAUCCAGCAGCUCCUCCAGCUCCAGCAGCUGGUGCUUGUGCCGGGACACCACCUCCAGCCACCUGCUCAGUUCCUGCUGCCGCAGGCCCAGCAGAGUCAGCCAGGCCUGCUUCCGACGCCAAAUCUAUUCCAGCUACCUCAGCAAACCCAGGGAGCUCUUCUGACCUCCCAGCCCCGGGCAGGGCUGCCCACACAGCCCCCCAAAUGCUUGGAGCCACCAUCCCAUCCCGAGGAGCCCAGUGACCUGGAGGAGCUGGAGCAGUUCGCUCGCACCUUCAAGCAACGCCGCAUCAAGCUGGGCUUCACGCAGGGUGAUGUGGGUCUGGCCAUGGGCAAGCUCUACGGCAACGACUUCAGCCAGACGACCAUCUCCCGCUUCGAGGCUCUCAACCUGAGCUUCAAGAACAUGUGCAAACUCAAGCCCCUCCUGGAGAAGUGGCUCAACGACGCAGAGACUAUGUCUGUGGACUCAAGCCUGCCCAGUCCCAACCAGCUGAGCAGUCCCAGCCUGGGUUUCGACGGGCUCCCCGGCCGGAGACGCAAGAAGAGGACCAGCAUCGAGACAAACGUCCGCUUCGCCUUAGAGAAGAGUUUUCUAGCGAACCAGAAGCCUACCUCGGAGGAGAUCCUGCUGAUCGCUGAGCAGCUGCACAUGGAGAAGGAGGUGAUCCGCGUCUGGUUCUGCAACCGGCGCCAGAAGGAAAAACGCAUCAACCCCUGCAGCGCGGCCCCCAUGCUGCCCAGCCCGGGCAAGCCAGCCAGCUACAGCCCCCAUCUGGUCACGCCCCAAGGGGGCGCCGGGACCCUGCCGUUGUCCCAAGCUUCCAGCAGUCUGAGCACAACAGUUACUACCUUAUCCUCAGCUGUGGGGACCCUCCACCCCAGCCGGACAGCUGGAGGGGGUGGGGCCGGGGGUGGGGCCGCGCCCCCCCUCAAUUCCAUCCCCUCUGUCACUCCCCCCCCCCCGGCCACCACCAACAGCACAAAUCCCAGCCCUCAAGGCAGCCACUCGGCUAUCGGCUUGUCGGGCCUGAACCCCAGCACGGGCCCUGGCCUCUGGUGGAACCCUGCCCCUUACCAGCCUUGACAGCAGCGGGAACCUGGUGCUGGGGGCGGCUGGCGCGGCCCCAGGGAGUCCGGGCCUGGUGACCUCGUCACUCUUCUUGAACCACGCCGGGCUGCCCCUGCUCAGCGCCCCGCCUGGUGUGGGCCUGGUCUCAGCAGCCGCGGCGGCCGUGGCGGCCUCCAUCUCCAGCAAGUCUCCUGGCCUCUCCUCGUCCUCGUCCUCGUCCUCCUCGUCCUCCUCCACUUGCAGUGAGGUGGCAGCACAGACCCCUGGAGGCCCAGGGGGGCCCGAGGUAGGGUCCAAGCCUGAGUGAGGGCCCGCCACGCCUCCCCUCCUCCUCCUCUGACCCCCGCCUCCGUCCCCCACCUGGGAAGAGGGCAAGGAGGCCAUUGGUGGGGAUGCAGAGGGUCCUCAGAGCAGGAGUGACGAGGGAGGAAAGACCAAAAAACAAGAAACAAAAAAACAACCAACCAAAAAGAAAGAAAGAAAGAAAAGAAAGAAAGAAAAGAAACCAACCAACAGAAAAAAGAAAACCAAAAAUAAUCACAAAGAAACCAGCUGCCCCAAAGGAACAAGAGGUGAAAAACAAACA